AUGUCAAAUGAAAUUCUAUCUGAUGCGGUCAACACAAUAGACUUAUUGCAGUCGAUCUAUUUUGACAAAGAAUUCGAAUUUCAACGAAAUGAAGAUGAAGCAGCGUACAAAAUGUUGCAAGGAUGCUGGGAAUCAGACACAUGGCCAGCCUCCUUCAGCCCUCCUUUGCCUAGCAGCCUCGCAUUCACCAUCAAGGCGCCUGUAGAACUCACAGACCAAGAACAGCAUGACCAAGACGACGCUAUCUAUCUCACCUUCAAUGGACAGAUAUCGCUCACAUCCAUUACAGACUAUCAAUUAACAUUACCAUCAGCAGCCAAUCUCUGGCUCUCAAGAGAAGAUCACGAAACGCUUGUCAAUACAUUGAACAAUGAGAUACAGUUGGACCCAUCUGAUGAUCGCUCUACUUGGGUCAUUGAAAAGAUGCAGCAGUUACAAAACAUCGCAGAACCCUAUGCGCUUAGCAAACUACAGAAAUCAAAAGAAGAGAGCGAAAAGCUGAAAUCACUACGAGAGGGUGGUCCUGUCCGAUUUCUGAGAGAUUGGAUUUGGUUUCCCAUGAUUUACACUCGAGAAAAAAGAGGCGAUAUCAUUGAUUGGGCUCCCAAAUACAACAUCACUGGUUUCUUAUGUCCUGGCAAGCCUGGUGCCAUGUGCCUGGAAGGGCCCGAAAAGAAAGUGAUUCAAUUUGUCAACGAUAUCAAGACGAUUUCUUGGGCAAGCAUCAAUCCAAGCCAUCGCAAAAUGACAUCUCGAUGGAAACAGACAGUGGAUUGCAGUAACGAUGCACAGCUCAAUGCGGAGCGCUUGUUUGAGGGCAUGACAGAGAUCAAGUUUGAUAUUCAUGGAAAGUUUUCAAACCACAAUGAUCUAAGUAAGCUGCAGUUGUGGCUCAAGGAGAAGGGAUGUGGGGAGGCGUUUGAUCAUUUGUUUGAUUAUGAUAGUUAG